AGUUGAGCUGUAAAAUAGCAGUUUCUGAUCCAGGCCAUUGUUCUUCUUUUACAUCAAAUGUAACCUAACCCGAUGCACUUCCAGCCGGGUAACAUUCCGCCACAGGUUUUUGAGUAUUUUUUUUUCCCGUUUGCCUUUGUGUAUUACCUGUAGUUUUCGAUCAGUCCUCGACAACCACCCCAAAAGCGAAUAAUAAGAUGUCGGAAGAGACACCAGUUGUGGCCGGUGCUGCUGCGACUGCUGCAGCAGCUGGCAAGAAACUGUCAAAGAGAGAGAAGCGGGCGUUGCAGUUUAAAUCUGCGGUUAAAGGCGCGCGAAAGGUAGUGUCUAAGGACGAGGAGGGAGAAGGUGAAGGAGAGGGAGAUGAGGAGAAGGUUGAGGAAGGAGGAGAUGAAGAUGGAGAGCAGGUUGAAGGAGAAGACGGUGCCAAAUCAGCAGCAGCAACGGCAUCAGCAAAGAAAUUCUCGAAGCGGGAGAAAGAGAUGUCGGCGGAGGAAUAUGCUGCGGUAAAGAAAGCGCGCGACGAAGCGAAAGAGAAAUCCCGCGCUGAGAAAAAACUUGUGCAGCAGUCAAAGAAGCGCAAGGCAGAGGACGCGGUAGAAGAGCAAGUUGCAGAGGACGAAGGACCAAAGCUAUCCAAGAAGCAGCGGAAAGCGCGAAAUAAGGAGAUUGCGCUGCAGCAGCAGCAGGAGAAAGAGCAGAAACAGCAGGCAAAGAAGGAGAAAGAAGCCAGCGGCAACGGCGCGCGAUUCAUCUUGUUCCUAGGAAACCUGCCGUACUCGGCCACCGAGGCAUCGCUCGCUAAACACCUCGAAGCAAGUAACCCGGACCUGAUCCGUCUGCCGACCGACAAGACGACCAAGAAAGUGAAAGGGUUUGCGUUUGCAGAGUUUGUGGGCACGGACGCGAGUCGCAGGAUGAAGGUCUGUCUGCGCCUGCACCACACCGAGUUUGAAGGCCGCAAGAUCAACGUCGAGCUCACGGCCGGCGGCGGCGGGAAGAGCGAGAGCCGGUUGCAGAAGUUGCGGGUUAAGAAUGAAAAGUUGGAGGAGGAGAGGAGGGGGAUUGUCGAGUCUAAGAAUCAGACAAAGACUGCGGGAGCUGCUGCUGCUGGGCCGAAGCAAGACGGCGUGUUUGUUCAUCCGUCGAGAAUGGCGCAGGUGAGCAACUAAAUCUGAAUAUAGUCAGUCAUACGAUUUGCAUUUUUUUGGUUUUUAUUAUUGUUUAGAUCUUGGUCGGUAUUUUCAGGGUGCAUGUAUUAUAUUUAAGGAUCAAAACGGGAAAUCAGGACAAAAUAUAUAAAAUAAAAGGAAAAGGAAAAAAUCUCAAAAUAAGG